AUGAACCAAGACAUCAAGCGCAGCGAAGACCCUGAAGGUAUCGAUACUGGACCCCCAUCCAUUGGCAAGGUCGAGAAUAUCGUUACAAACGAUGCUGUCUUUGGCAACAUCACAGAGGGUGGGCCCAAUUACCGCAAUCUUGGGCUACUUGGUACAAUUGCCCUGAUGAUGAAAACACAGAUAGGCCUCGGUGUCCUCUCCAUGCCGCUCAUCCUGGGGACCCUGGGUAUUGUGCCAGGAAACAUCCUGAUAGUCACCAUUGCUGCAAUCACAACCUGGUCAAGUUAUAUGAUUGGCGUCUUCAAGAUCCGCCAUCCCGAGGUUUAUGGCAUUGGUGAUGUGGGAGGAAUGUUCUUCGGCCGAGUAGGGUACGAGCUCUUUGGUGGUGCCUAUGCCCUUCAGUUCACUUUUUCCGCUGGAUCCGCCAUGUUGAGUAUCUCUAUUGCGCUCAAUGCGCUGUCUAGCCACGCUGUUUGCACUGCGAUCUUUGUGGCUGUUGCGGCGGUUGCUGGAUUCGGGAUUGGCAGUAUCCGAACCCUGGAUAGAAUCGGUAUCCUUGCUUGGAUUGGCACGAUUUGCAUCAUUACUGCAGUAUUUGUCGUCACCGUUGGAGUUGGCCUCCAGGACCGCCCUUCAGCAGCACCCCAAGCCGGCGAAUGGACAUCGGAUUAUAAACUGGUCAAUUCUCCAGGCUUCACCGACGCAAUCUCAGCAGUGUCGAGUCUUGUCUUUACCUAUACUGGAACGCCGAUCUUUUUCAACAUUGUUUCUGAGAUGCGUGAACCACUGCUAUACCCACGAGCCCUUGCAGUGUGCCAGACUGCCGUUACUAUCGUAUAUAUUAUCGUCGGCACUGUUGUAUAUUAUUACUGUGGAUCCUAUGUCGCGUCGCCUGCUCUGGGAUCAGCAGGAGACAUAGUGAAGAAAGUAUCAUACGGAAUCGCCCUACCGGGGCUGAUUGUCUCUUGCGUCCUUUUCGUCCACCUCCCCGGUAAACACAUCUUUGUCCGCAUCCUCCGCGGCUCCGACCAUCUCACGUCGAAUAGUGUCAUUCACUGGACCACCUGGCUUAGUUCAACAUUCGGCGUGGCCCUGGUCGCGUACAUCGUUGCGAGCGCGAUCCCCGUUUUCUCGGGCCUCAUUGCACUGAUCGGGGCGUUGCUGGGAUCGUUCUUGAAUUUCCACCCAUACGCCGGGAUGUGGUUGUACGACAACUGGAAAACAGCAGAGCGGACACUGAAGUAG